UCGGGGCUCGCGGGCGGGGGCGCCCAGCAUGUCCACGCCGGCCCCGCCGCUGCUCUGGCUGGCCGGGGCGCUGGCGCUGGCGGCGGGCGCGGGCAGCCUCUUCUCGCUGGCCGCGCUGCUGGGCACGCCGCCGCGGACGGCGCUGUCGCUGCUCGUGGCCGCCUGGGCAGCCGACGACCUGCUGGGCGCGCUGGCCGCGGGCGCCGUCCUGCUCCGGCCGCGCGCGCCGCCGCCCCUGUGCGCCGCCUGGGCCGCACUCUACCUGGGCCAGGGCCUGUCCAGCUGCCUGCAGGCCACGCUGCUGGCCUGCUACACGCGCUGCGCGCUGCGCCGGGCGGCCCGGGGCGCGGCGGGCCCAGGGCGCGCGGGGGCGCUGGCCGGCGCGCUGGCGCUGGGCGCGGCGGGGCUGGGGCUGGCCGCGCUGCCCCUGUGCGGUUGGGGCGCCUUCGUGCGCUCGGCCUGGGGCUGCCGGCCCGGCUCGCGCCCCUUCGCGCUGCUGCUCGGCGCCGUCUACGCCGCGGGCCUCGCGGGGCUGGCCGGCCUGGCCGUGCCACUCGCGCCGCGCCUGCUGUGCGCCCCCGAGCCGCGGGUCCCGGGCCGCGCGCGCCAGCACGCCGAGAGCACCGCGCAGGGCCGUUUCUCGCUGGCGCUGGCGCUCGGCAAGGCGGCGCUUUGGCUGCCCAUGAUGGUCCACUUGCUGGCCCAGCACAUGGUGGAUUUCCAGAGCCUCCCCCUGGAGACGCUCAGCUUCCUGCUGACCCUCCUGGCGGCCACGCUGACACCCGCCUUUGUCCUGUCCAAACACUGGGGCCACCUGCCCUGCGGCUGCGCCAUCGACUGUGAGCAGAGCCCUGGGGGGAGAGGCGCCAGGAGGCGGGCUUUUGAGUUCAACCUCUCGUUCCAACGGAGUUAUGGGAUCUACAAGAUUGCACAUGAGGAUUACUACGACGAUGGCCAGAAUUCCACAUCCUACCACAAUCUCAUGAGCUACGAGGGUGAAGCCACGCGGGAGAGCGGGAGGGGCCCGCCGCACACCUUCCAGGCCGUCCAGGUGGAGGUCAGCACCGCACCCUCGCUGGACAGCUCCCCGCGGCCCACCAGCCAUCCCACCAGCACCGCGGACAGCGCUGGGGGCCCAGCCCCAGGCGAGGAGCGCAGUGAGGGCCCUGAGAGGAGGUUGUCCAGCAGCGGGGAGAGCCGGAAGCUUGAGCUCUGGGACUGGGAGUGGAGCCGGAGUAAGUCGGAGAGGACCCCGCGACAGCGUUCCGGAGGGGCCCUGGCCGUCCCACUGUGUGCAUUCCAGGGAACCGUGUCGCUCCAAACGCCGACCGGGAAGACCCUCUCCCUCUCCACCUACGAGGUGAGCACCGAGGGGCAAAUCAUCAGCCCGGCUUCCAAGAAGACGGAAGUGUACCGGUCUAAGAGCGUGGGCCACGACCCCAGCACCGAGGACUCGCCUCCCGCUGUGGCCAACACCAGCGUGAAGAUACACCUGGAGGUGCUGGAGAUCUGUGAGAAUGAGGCAGCGCUGGACACCGUGUCCAUCAUCAGCAACAUCAGCCAGUCCUCAGCUCAGGUCCGCUCGCCCUCCCUGCGCUACUCACGGAGAGAGAACAGGUUCGUGUCCUGCGAGCUGGGGGAGAGCGCCUCCUACUCGCUCCUCCUGCCCACAGACUGCCCCGACCGCGGCCUCAGCAUCUCCAUCCCCGACACGGUGGAGGCGCACAGGCUGACCAGCGGGCAGCAGCAGAGGGAUGGGGACGGCUACCAGGAGGAAAUUCAGCUGCUGAACCAGGCUUACCGCAGGGGUGACCAGGGCAGCCAGGCGAGCAGCAGCCAGGAUGCCGCAGCCCUGUCCUGA